UGCUGUAUGUUGUGUACCGAAGGUUGUUGACGUCAUAGUCUUGUGCUGCGAAGUAGGGACGCUGUAUCUUUUAUAUAUAAUAUUGGUUGCUAAUAUAUGAUCGAUUUCAUUAUCUAAAAUAUAAGGGUCUUGAAUAAAGCUGUCUGUUUAAUUUGGAUCGUAAUAUUAAAAUGGGUGAAGAAAAUAAAGGCGACCGUGACAGGGAAAAGGAUCGUGACCGAGAUAAAGACCGCCGACGCAGAUCUCGAUCACGUGAGCACAGAAAAAGAUCACGAUCGCGUAGCCGUGAUAAAAGGUCAAGAUCACGCAGUCGAGAGAGACGAAGGGAAAAAAGAAGCAGAUCUGGUUCGCCAGGUAAAAAGGACAAACGUUCCAGGCGAAGAAAACCAUCAUUAUAUUGGGACGUACCUCCACCAGGGUUUGAGCACAUCACUCCUCUGCAGUAUAAAGCCAUGCAAGCUGCUGGUCAGAUACCGGCAAACAUUGUUGCUGACACUCCUCAAGCUGCUGUUCCGGUGGUUGGCUCCACAAUAACCAGGCAAGCUCGAAGACUGUAUGUUGGCAACAUCCCCUUUGGAGUAACAGAGGAAGAAAUGAUGGAAUUUUUCAACCAACAAAUGCAUCUUUCUGGUUUAGCUCAGGCUGCUGGCAAUCCUGUGUUGGCUUGCCAGAUUAAUCUUGACAAGAACUUUGCUUUCUUAGAGUUUCGUUCAAUAGAUGAAACAACACAAGCAAUGGCAUUCGAUGGUAUCAACUUCAAAGGACAGAGUUUAAAAAUCAGAAGGCCCCAUGAUUAUCAACCCAUGCCAGGAAUGUCAGAAAACCCAUCAGUGAAUGUUCCUGGUAUGUCAGGCGUGAUCAGCACGGUAGUCCCUGACUCACCGCACAAGAUCUUCAUUGGUGGCCUACCAAACUACCUCAACGAGGACCAGGUGAAAGAGCUGCUGAUGUCAUUUGGCCAGCUGCGAGCCUUCAACUUGGUAAAAGACUCUGCCACUGGUCUCAGCAAGGGCUACGCCUUCUGCGAGUAUGCUGAUGUCACAAUGACAGAUCAGGCUAUUGCAGGUUUGAAUGGCAUGCAGCUGGGUGACAAGAAGCUGAUUGUGCAACGAGCAAGUGUUGGAGCAAAGAAUGCCCAGAUAGGUCAGCAGGCACCAGUUCAGAUUCAGGUACCUGGUCUCACAAUGGUGGGAGGUGCUGGUCCAGCCACAGAGGUGUUGUGUCUCCUGAAUAUGGUAACGCCUGAAGAGCUACGCGAUGAGGAUGAGUAUGAAGACAUCCUGGAGGAUAUAAAGGAGGAGUGCAACAAAUAUGGAGUGGUUCGAUCUGUUGAAAUCCCUCGACCCAUUGAGGGUGUUGAUGUGCCUGGAUGUGGAAAGGUAUUUGUGGAGUUCAAUUCCAUUAUUGACUGUCAGAAGGCACAGCAGUCACUGACAGGCAGGAAGUUCAAUAACCGCGUGGUUGUCACGUCAUACUUCGACCCAGACAAAUACCAUAGACGAGAAUUCUAGAUGGAGCCAUUAGAAUUCAGUUAUAUGGAUGUUAUCAACAUUUCAAGUGCACUCUGACUUUGGGGUGCAGUCUUCAGAUUGUGGAAAAGGACUUCAUGAUUAUUUAGUUUUUUCUACUGUAUGUAUUUGCAGUUGUAAAGUAAGCUGAAUACACAUAUAAUACUUGGAAAAUCUAACAGUUCUGUUUUAUAAUUUUAAAGGAAGUUCUGACAGUAACUUGUUUACUCUGAUAUUGACUUGUCGCAAAUGUUCUCAAGGAUUGGCAAUUACAUGGAAUUGUAAGGAACUGUUUUGUGUAUUAUUGUUUUUUAUUCCUCUUGAUUAAGUUUCUGAUAACAUAGCAGUUUUUCCACCAGCACAUGUUCCUCUAUUGUAUUAUCAUAUUUUAUUCACAGAGUAUUGGGUUGUACCAGAUUUUCCUGCUCCACAUAACAGUGCACCUAUUGAUUCAAAAACUGCUGAGAAAAUUUUCAGAAAGUUAUUAUGAUGUAACUUACUGUGAUUUUCUUGUAUUUGAGUACAGUUGUUAAAAUUGGUUUUUAGAGAUGGUGGUGUAAGGUAUUCUGAGAAUCAUUCACUUGUCAAAUAAUUAUAAUUGCACAACUUUAACUUAGUUGGCAGAUAUGCUGUGUGAAUAAUAUAUUUACACAGUUCUAAUAAUACUCCUAUAUGUAGAUUUCAGGUAAUUUUUAAUAUAGAGAAGAGACAGUGAAGAUGAUAGUUUGUCCACAUUUUCAGGUAUGUCAUCACUUCAUUUAAAAUCGACCAAAAUUAUAGCAUAUGAUGAUCAUGAUGAUGUAAACAAACUAUUAUGUAAUUUAACACAAUAGUACAUGGAAUACAUUUAUUCACCAUCUGGGAAGGGAGGAAAAGUGUCUGCUUGCCUUUGAGGGCUUUUUUUCUGACAAUACCACUGAACUUUGUUAUUUCUUAAUUAUACCAUGAAACAAUUGCCUUUUAUACCUGAAAAAUAAACUUUGGCAGACAGUGUUCAGUGAAGGCUUUCUAGAAACAAAUAUAAAAUGUUUCCACUUGUCUGUGUUUUAUUUGUCACUAUUUUCAAGUAUUGAAUAAGAGAGUGGUUUAUACAAUGCCACGUGUAUGUGAAUUGUGUGACAUCUAUGAUCAAAGCUUGCAUGAGUAUGCUAUGAAGGAAAAUAUGCUUUAGAACAGAAGAUAAUAUUCACAAGUGAAAGUGGUUGCUAAUGCUUUGAUGUAGGCAAUGUGGCUGUUUUAACCGUACAUAUAAAAAUUCAUUCUGACAUUUCUGAGUUUUAUUUUGGUUGUAAUGAAUGAUGGUUUUAGAAAUGUGCAGAUAUUUAUGUGUUUUUUUUCAAAUUGGGGAAUGUGAUACAGUGCCCCUCCUUUUCUUAGUGUUGACUUUAUUUUCAUAGAAUGCUUCUCUCAUUCAGUGACUUCUGUAAGCACAAAAUGUGAUUGUAUUUCACAAAACAAUUGUUGUCAUAAAGGGAGUAUAAUAUUAAAAAAUUCAUUUUCUGA